GUCACAACAAGAGUAGCGAAGUACUCUACAACACGUAAUGUUUUGUGUAAACAACUUGCGUAGGAUUAAAACGUGUUAUUAAAUCAGAAAGGCGACUGACCGGAACGAGUUGUUUAGUUUUAGUUCACUAGACAAAGACGUUAAAGGAGGCAGGAGCGGAGAAAAGAGGUACACAUGUUGUAGUUCUUCACCUCAGCUGUCUGCCUCUUGUGCUUUAUACUACUGUACAUUCACAAUGGUGCCAUUUUGUGUCCUUCGUUUGCAGCAAAUGUCGCUUCUGUUUCAUGAUUGAAAAGUUCUGGUACUUUAGUACUCAUGGCAGGAGUUCAUUCUGUUCUCUGAUAGGUAUAAAUAAGUUUGGUGGCAAAGCGGAACCAUUGAGGAGUGGUCGUGUUUCUCCAGGUCAUUAAUCCAGAGCACUGAGAUGGCGGUCCUGUACCACAGAGUUCGUUGUCUAAAGCUCUUAAAGAGUCUUCAUAUGGAAAAGUCAUUCAGUAUUUUAAGAAGAAUGCCAGGCAUAGCAACUCUCAGUACCAAGGCUGGUAAUCCCAAGAAGCCAAUCAGAUAUACAAGCAUAAAGAAGGCAAAGCCCCAAACAAUAGUUGAUAUUGGCAAUCUGUUACUGCAAAGGGCCACUAAGCCUAAAGAGAGUCAGCAGUUGGUAAUUGGAGAAGUUGUUUUGAAACCUGCCACACAGACUGCGUCAAAUUCCAUGGCCACAAUCGGUCCUGUUCCUGCAAACUCCAAGACUGUAGCAGCCAAGAAACCUGUGAUAAAAGCAGUACCUGAACUUUCAGUCAUAUCCACGCCUACUUUCACAACAACAGUGGCUAAAUGUGCUGACAGUUUAUUUGAAACAACCACAUGUGUGAAAAAAGUUGAAGAGACAGUCCCUGAAGCUUCAGUCACCAGAGACAACCGGUCUACCAAAGCAUCUGCUUCAUCAGAAUUGUCUCCACCUGUCUCCACAGCAUUCAGUGUUUCUCUAAAAGAAAUGACAGAAGGUACACAUGUCCCCAGCAAUGUCAUUGAUGAAACAACAAAUACCCGUCAUGCAAUACCUGAAACUGGCGCUGCUCUUGCCCCUGAGACUUACUUUGGUAUCCUUCCAAGUGGCGGCACAGUGAUUCCUACUACAGGCAAAGUCUCUGACCUGUCUCCCAACCUGUCUCCUGACCUGUCCCCUGCUGUAAAUGGUUCUACAGAAGCCACUGCUGUUUCUGGAGAUAUAGAAAUCAUUCAUGCCCCCAAGGAUGCAACAUCCACCAGAGCAGUCCACGGUUCUGAGGUAAAUGAGAUAAUGCCUAUGCAAGAAGGUGCUUCGGUAGAAAAUUUGGACGGCCCAAAUACGUGUACACACAGAAUACCUGCCCCACUGACCAUCACAGAAGUAAAAAAUUCCCAAACCCAGGGUAUUGCCUCAGAACUUUCAGCAACUGGGGAGAUAAUAAAUGUUCAAGAUCUUGUUCAACAUCUUUGCAACCUACAAUCACCAAUGACUACAGAGACUUCUACAGACUCUUCCUUCACCACAUGUUCCUCACAGAUACCUUAUAAAGAAGAGACUAUCGGUCAUAAACUAACUCCGGAUGUAGAAACUGGUUCUCCAGAAACAGCAUUCAGGCUUCCCUUCACAGACCCUGUGGCAUCACCAGUGGUUCCAAAUAAAGAUUCUGCAGUUCAAGUUGUUGCUCCUGAGGAAGUUGCGGUUUUCACAAGUCAGCCAAAAAUAAUGGAUGCCUCAGCAGAAAAGGGUCCAGAUGUCACACCAGAGACUGUUUUUGAACGUAACAUCAUCUGUAGCAACAAAUGUUUAAUGACAUCCGAUCCAGCCAACGCUGAAUUAGCAGAAGAAGAACUAAAGACAGAAGGAGAACGCAGCGUCCAAGAGGUUUUAGAAGCACAACUGGACCCAAUACAGAAGCUGUUCCUCGAUAAGAUCCGUGAAUUCUCCACCAAGAGCAAGUAUGCACAGCUGUAUUUGCAUGAACUGUUUUCUUAACAGCCAAUUCCUUUGCCAUGUGCCUCAGGUCCUGUGAUGGGCUGCUUGAUGCUGGUCCCGAAUAUAAGAAAGCAUUUUCGGAGGAAUUAACCAAGCUUCAAAGACUUUAUGGUAAAGGAGAUCUCUCAUCAUUCCCAGAAUUUAAGUUCUCAGGUGGGUGGGAGUGAUUUUUUUGUUUUUGUUUCAGUAAAAUAAUACAAUAUUAUAAUAUUUUAUUUGAUGAUGGUGUUUACUUGUAGAACAUAUUUUAAUCUUUUUCUCAGAGCCUGUGUUGGAUGAAAUGAACACUAAAUAAAUGUCAACUGCCUCUUCAUCGCCAAAUAAUUAUUUUUAUUAAUCAAACAAAUACUUUUAAUGAACAUUUUGUAUUCAUAUUUUGUGAUUUCUUUGAGAAUCUUGAGAAACCUGACUGACUCUCUGGCCAACUAUGCAACAGGAGAAAAAAAGAGCAAAAAAUA